AUGGACCUUUCCAACUAUAAUUGGUAUUACCGCGAGGAAAUGCUACAAGCUCUCGGUCUGAUCCAAACUGGAUACUACCACCAACAUAGCAGUGUUAUGGAUAUUGAUUCGAGCGUGUCUUUGGAGACAAUGAUUCAGAGUCAUAUUAAAACGCGAAUCAACAUGUGGAUUCAAUCUCCCCUUGAAGAUACUAUCUGGAUCCGAGGUUCUCGGCAUGGAGUGUGGACUCCUACUAGUCAAAAUACGCUAGAAGCUGCAUACGCCAAAGUGAUAUCUGAUAAAGCAGAGAUCCCAAACGUAUUCUACUUCUACUCCCUUAGAUAUCCAGUAUAUCACUACCAACCGGAACCCUCCAAGGGCGAGAUGCUGUUGGAUAUGGUGAAAUCCAUCAUUGUACAGCUUGUCAUGCUCCUGUCCGAACAACCCAUAUACACAGAUAUAGAUCUGUCCACCGAACGAUUCCUAAGGCUAACCGAUCCUGGAGUGAGUAUUAGCACUGCGCUUUCGUUACUGAGAGAUAUACGAGUGUUCGGUCCGCCUUAUCUAAAUUGUAUUGUCGAGGGGCUCGAGAAGGUCGAGAGCCCAACUGAUACAAGACAUACACAAAACCUCCUUCGUACACUUCUUGAACUUUCGAAACAUGAACCGGCGCUGGCAUCGAAUGUACAAUUUGAGGACUAUGUAGUGGCAAAGAUUAACAGGGCAUGUUUUACGAGCACUGGCAGCGUGGGUGUGCUUGACAAUAUGGUAAAUGCUGGCCGUGUUGAGAAAGUUGUGAGGACCCCCUAUCUUUCAACUGCGAGAGCCUAUGUUUUGCCUACCACAUAUAGUUUACCUGAGGAUGAUGGUUUCUACUAA